AUGGAUCAAGCCAAAUUGCUGAGCAAAGCUCUGGUCAGAAACUCCGAUAAUCCCCAACUCGCAUGGCUGCUCUUUAAACGCACUCUCCUCAACGCCAACACUAAAGAUUUCUCUUCCCUUUCCCUCAUCGUCCCCAUGCUCAUCUCCGCCAAAAUGUUCCCCGAAAUCAACACUCUCCAUCACCAUCUCCUCCGUUCCCCGACGCCUACGCUUAAACCUUUGUAUUCAAUUGUUAAUAUGUUGGCCAAGGCUGGCCAUGUUCACAAGGCCAUUUCUCAUUUUCAAGCGAUCCGAACUAGUUUCCCUAGUGCCCCGCCGUCAGUGUCCUUGUAUAAUUUGCUCGUCCAAAUCUCUCUUAAAGAAAACUGUCCCAACUUUGUAACUUGGCUGUAUAAAGACAUGAUCUUUUCCAAGGUGAGGCCCGAAACUUAUACUCUCAAUCUUCUGAUAUCUGGGUUAUGUGAUUCCGGGCGGUUGGAGGACGCACGGCAGUUGUUUGAUAGAAUGCGCGACAAGGGCUGUGAGCCCAAUGAGUUCAGUUUCGGAAUCUUGGCGCGUGGUUACUGUAGAUAUGGGCUUGCUUUUGAAGGUUUGGAGCUUCUGGAUUUAAUGAGGAACAUGGGUUUUGUCCCUAAUAUAGUAAUAUACAAUACAUUUAUUGCGAGCUUUUGUGAGGAGGGCAAAAAUGACGAGGCCGAGAGACUGGUGGAGAGGAUGAGAGAGGAUGGCCUUGCUCCAAAUGUCGUUACCUUUAACACAAGGAUUUCUGCUCUUUGUAAAUCUGGGAAGAUCUUGGAAGCUUCUAGAAUAUAUAGAGACAUGCAAAUGGAUGAGGAGCUGCCAGAGCCUAAUGUUGUGACAUGUAACUUGAUGCUGGAAGGCUUUUGCAGGGAGGGCAUGUUUGAAGAAGCAAACACUUUGGUGCUGGCUAUGAAAAGAGAUAGUAUGUUCUCAACUGUGGAGAGUUACAACAUAUGGUUGUUGGGUUUAGUGAGGACUGGAAAACUUUUGGAGGCACACGCAGUCUUAAAAGAUAUGGCAGACUUUGGACUGCAACCUAAUGCAUACUCAUAUAACAUUUUGAUUGAUGGAUUAUGCAAAAAUAACAUGCUUGCAGAUGCAAAGAGAGUUGUUAGUUUGAUGAGAAGUGCUGGAGUUUCACCAGAUGUGUUCACGUAUAGCACGCUGCUCCAGGGGUAUUGCAGGAAAGGAAAUAAAGUUGAGGCCAAUAAAAUCUUAAAUGAGAUGAUUAGAGAUCGAUGUUUCCCAAAUAUUUAUACAUGUAAUGUAUUACUCCACAGCCUGUGGAGAGAAGGCAAUAUAGCAGAGGCAGAGAGGUUAAUGCAAAAGAUGAACGAAAGAGGCCAAGAAUUGGAUACUGUUAGCUGCAAUAUUGUGGUUGAUGGUUUAUGUAGAAGUGGAAAGCUUGAUAAAGCAGUUGAAAUUGCAAGUGAAAUGUGGACUCAUGGAAGUGCUGCUCUUGGCAAUUUGGGAAACAUGUACAUUGGUCUGGUGGAUGAGAAUAGGAAGAGAUGCUUGCCUGACUUGAUUACAUAUUCGACAAUUAUAAAUGGGCUAUGCAAGGAUGGACGUCUUGAGGAAGCAAAAAAGAAUUUUGUUGAGAUGCUGGGGAGACACUUGUACCCUGAUUCAACUAUAUAUGAUAUUUUCUUAUACAACUUGUGUAAGAGGGGAAAGAUAUCAUCGGCCUUUCAGGUUCUUAAAGACAUGGAGAAGAAAGGUUGCAAUAAGACCUUACAGACUUACAAUAGUUUGAUAUAUGGAUUGGGUAGUACUGAUCAAGUUUUUGAAAUGAUUGGCGUGAUGGACGAGAUGAAAGACAGUGGUGUUUCUCCAAAUGUGUAUACUUACAGCAUUGUUCUUAAUUCUCUAUGUUCGGGAGAAAGAAGUGAAGAAGCAGCUUUUCUUUUCGAUGAUAUGUUACAAAGGGGUAUAACACCAAAUAUAUACUGCUUCAAGUUGUUAAUUAAAAUCUUCUGCAGGACUGGGGAGUUCAGACCAGCAAAGGAUGUGUUUGAGAUUGCUAUCAGUGUAUAUGGUCAUGAGGAAGUACUUUAUUGUUUGAUGUUCAACGAACUAGUUGCUGGCGGGGAAAUAUUGGAAGCUAAGCAAUUGUUUGAAGCUGCACUGGACAGAUGUUUCGAUUUGAGCAGUUUUUGUUACAAAGAUCUCAUUAACAAACUAUGCGGUGAAGAAACUUUUGACGACGCUCGUGAUAUCCUUAAGAAGCUGACUUUGAGAGGUUGUAAAUUUGACCCCGCUGUAUUCAUGCCCGUGAUUGAUUAUUUGGGUACAAGGGGAAACAAACAUCAGAUGAAUGAACUGACAGAACAAAUGCUGGCGCUGAGUUCAGAUAAGGUUCAGGGAGACGACAAAAAGUUAGGCAAUAAUGGCAGACAAAACAAAGAUGGCGGCAGUGAUUGGCGGACCAUUCUGCACAGAGAUGAUGGGAGUGCCAUAGCCAUGAAAACCCUGAAGCGAGUGCAGAAAGGCUGGGGUCAGGGUAAUUUAUCAUUUGAAGACCAGAAAAAGCACUUUCUCGAUGACUGGGAUACUAUUGUUUGA